CUUCCCAAACUAGAAUAGAUUGGGAUAAUUACUUAAUUAGUCAAUGAAAUUUGGAACUUCAUAGUAUAAUAUGUAUGUAUAAAAUUAUAUAUAUAUUGAAAAUAAAUGGUUGGAAGAGAUAUGCAUCCAUUCAAAAGAUCAUAAAUAAUUUUCUGUUAUGUGUACUUAUUUUCAGCAUGCAAUGAAGUGCUUGCUUAAUCUGUUUUAUUUGCUAGGUUCUCAUGAUAAUAAACCUUUAAUUGCUCUUAUUAUUACCCUAGACUCAUUUUCCUAGAAAAUGAUAAUUUUCUUGCAAACACACUCCUUUUAAGUUUGUUACAGUUCUUUUUUGAACUUCCCAAACUAGAAAGGAUUGGGACAAUUUGUCAAUAAAGUUUAUAACUUUAUUCUAUAAAAAUAGAAAUAAAGUUCUAGUCAGUUGAAUCAGAACUUGAUUCCAUUUGAUUCGCAGAUUCAUAAUCCAUUAAUAACAAGGACUUACUGAUUCUGAGUUUUACUUGUUAUAUCAACAGAAAUUGUGAGAAUUUCAUGUCUUAAUAACAUCAAUUUCCUACAAAUAACCUAGCUUCAACAUCAAUUGAUGCACCAACUACUUAAGAAUCAAGAAAUUUCCUUAUUUACCUCCUGCAGCAACUUGCCUAAGACAAAAUACAGCUUGAAUCUGCUAACUUAUAUUCAAUGCAAUUUAAUUGAUCAUAUGGAGUAGGAUACGAUGCAUCAGGUGCUUGAUCAUAGUUUCCUAUGUAUAUCAAUAUAUGCCCGAAAUUGAAAUUGGAAUUGUUAGUGUGUGAAAGUUAAGAGAAUUUGAGGGAGCGGUAAAGAAAGUCAAUGGGAUUAAUUAAUAUCAAGCCAAUGACCAGAUUCACACAAAGGGUUUGUGAUUCUGCGAUGUCGAAGUCUGCUAAUAAGUCUGUUAUUACUUGUUAUAAAUAUAAAUCACAUCCUAUCUUGCAUAUUGUAAGUUGUAACAACAGUGAUCUUUCAUCUGUAACCCUAACAACCAAACCAUUUUCCUCUAGUUAUUGAAUAUACACUGGCUACAUUAUAUAUUACAUAUAUGUGUGAUGGAACAAUUUGGAGGUAGAAGCAGCAAUGGUGGCAAGGUUUGUCAAAGAGCGCACUGGAGACCAGCUGAAGAUAAGAAAUUGUACCAAAUCGUUGAUCAACAUGGCCCUAAGAAUUGGAAUUUCAUUGCACAGCACGUUGAAGGAAAAUCAGGGAAAAGUUGCAGACUGAGAUGGUACAAUCAACUGGCUCCUAACAUCAACAAAAACCCAUUGACAGAAGAAGAGGAAGAAAGGCUUCUGAAAGCUCAUCGGAUCGAAGGGAACAGAUGGGCAUCGAUAGCAAGGCUGUUUCCGGGAAGAACUGACAAUGCUUUGAAGAAUCAAUACCAUGUUAUCAUGGCAAGAAGAAAAAGAGAACAGUUUGAUCAUACAAUCAGGUACUUCCAGAAAAACGUAGCAAACAAUUUUGAUGACAGACACUACUUCAGUCUUGAAAACAAUGACGAAAUAGGUAAUAAUUUACUAUCAUGGACCUCAUGUGAUUCGACACUUUCUGGGCAUUCUAGAGGAUCAAAUAUCGCGUAUCAUGGUCAUUCAUCAAGUUCUUCUUUGUGGGCUAAAGAUGAAUUUCACCAUCAAGGCAUUCAAGCUUAUCAUCCUAGCUCCUCCAGUUCUGGUUUUGUUGCACCAAAGAUUCAUCAUAUUUUGAAAUUUAAUACAAAGUUCAUGAAUUUUGGGGAUGGUGAUUAUGGAAAUGAAGAAUUGAUAAAGAAGAGCAAGUUUGACGAUCGCUCAGAUGGAUUGAAGAAAUUUGGAAUGGCUGCUUCUCUGCAGGAACAUGGGAAUGGGUCAAACAAGGGUAGUGUUGCCUUCAUUGAUUUUCUUGGUGUAGGAAUCUCUUAGUUAUUAUGGAAUCUGAUUUCAGUCUUUCAUUUUAAGUAGCAUAAUCUGCAUCGUUAGACUUAUUUAGGUUUGAAGAUCAAUGUAGGAGAGGAGGCUAAUAGGCUAUACUUGCCCAUCAGGAUAUGUAUAGUUGAAAAUACAAUGUAGUAUUCAUACAUCAUAAUCUUGUUGAGGCUUCAGACUGAUUAUUUCUAAAUAUUUUCAUGGAAAAUAGUCCCAUUUUCCAAGGAAAUUAUA